UCGGUGCUGCCAUCAGCUUAGUUUGAGUUUGAUUACUUCAAACAAGACCAGCCUGAUAAGCCACCGAACGGCUAGGUGCUUCUUGUUCUCCGUGGAAGCAUUUCAGUGUCCUAUCUCCACUAGCCACAGAUUGUUGCAGUGCUUUUGGUUCAAAUACCCGAAAAAGUGCCUCGAAAAAGUGACGACAGUGUUAGAGUGCCAAAAUGCCAACCAACGGAAUGUUCGACGUUGCUCUACAGGUCAUCGACGACUCCAACGUGUCUAGUGGAUCGGACAGUGCUGGUGUGUCUGAAGACGAGGAUGUUCAACUGUUUUGCAGUACAGGGAAUACAAUAGUAUCGAAACCGUUGAAAAAAUCCGGAUCAGCAAAGGUCAAGGAUGAAGAACACAGCAAAACCGCCAAAACCAAUGCGAAACGAUAUGUGAGUCUUCCAAAUCGUGAUCAACACCAGAAAUUCUUGACCGACUUCCUAUCGGAAGUUCUGAAUGGCGCAGUAUUCAAUGCCACCGAACGGGCCAACAAAGUCCUAAAUUGGGUAGAUCCGGACCAGCUCAAGCGAACGCUGGACUUGGAACUGAAGGACGAACCCGACUCGGAUGAAAAAUUACUAGAACUGACCAGAGCCACCAUCAAACACUCGGUCAAAACUGGACAUCCUUAUUUCAUGAAUCAACUGUUUUCGUCCGUCGAUCCGUACGGUUUCGCUGGACAAAUCCUGACCGAUGCAUUGAACCCCAGCGUCUACACAUUCGAAGUGUCUCCAGUGUUUGUCCUCAUGGAGGAAGUUGUGCUCAAGGAAAUGAGAUCCAUCGUCGGCUAUCCAGAUGGUGCUGGCGAUGGUAUUUUUUGUCCUGGCGGAUCGAUGGCCAACGGUUAUUCCAUUAGUUGCGCCCGCUUCAAACACAUGCCAGAUGUCAAGACAAAAGGAUUGCAUUCACUUCCGCGCUUGGUAAUCUUCACAUCAGAAGACGCACAUUACUCGGUGAAAAAGUUGGCUUCGUUCAUGGGCAUCGGCUCGGACAACGUGUACCCCAUCCGUACGGACGAGAUCGGCAAGAUCAGGGUGGAUCAUUUGGAGUCGGAAAUUCUGCGUGCCAAAUCGGAGGGGGCCGUGCCCUUUAUGGUAUCAGCCACAGCAGGAACCACGGUGAUUGGAGCAUUUGAUCCCCUGGAACAGAUUGCCGACUUGUGCAAAAAGCACAAUCUUUGGAUGCACGUGGAUGCUGCUUGGGGUGGCGGUGCGCUCAUGUCAAAGAAGUACCGAACGCUGCUGAAGGGAAUUGAGCGAUCGGAUUCAGUGACCUGGAACCCGCACAAGUUGCUUGCCGCUCCGCAGCAAUGUUCGACCUUCCUGACUCGCCACGAGGGCAUCUUGUCCGAGUGCCACUCGACGAACGCGACCUAUCUGUUCCAGAAGGAUAAGUUCUACGACACCCAGUACGAUACCGGCGAUAAGCACAUCCAGUGCGGCCGCCGAGCCGACGUGCUCAAGUUUUGGUUCAUGUGGCGCGCCAAGGGCACCUCCGGAUUGGAACAACACAUCGACAAGGUAUUCGAGAUUGCCGAAUACUUCACCAACAGUAUUAAAGCCCGGGAUGGGUUCGAGAUGGUUGUGGAGAAUCCCGAGUGCACCAACGUGUGCUUCUGGUACGUGCCACCAGGUCUGCGGAAUGUUUCCCGGGAUAGUGCCGAGUUUGCCGAGCGACUGCACAAGGUUGCCCCCAAGGUCAAGGAACGGAUGAUGCGCGAGGGAUCGAUGAUGAUCACAUACCAACCGAUCCACGAUAAACCCAAUUUCUUCCGAUUGGUGCUGCAGAACUCGGCCCUGGACAAGUCGGACAUGAACUACAUUAUCGAUGAAAUCGAACGACUCGCCGUUGAUUUGUAAUUGGGAAAUCCACGGCUGACAAGAGCGGAAACUUUUUUCGUUUCCAUCUUGCUAAUAUGUGUAGGGAGUUUUGUUGAAUUUUUAUAAAACAUAACUUAUAAUCUUUGUGAAAUAAUGAAAAAAAAAACUUGUAUUUAUUGGAUGCAUUGUUUUGUUAGUAGGAAGCGUGCACGUGUGUUGGCAGAACUGUGCGUGAUAUCAGUCGAAUGUGGAAGAAAAAUGAAUCGCAAAGAUAUGUGAUUGUACUAAUGUAUAGGCAUCGGAAGCAAAACAGUAACUUUAACAUAAGCACAAUGGUUUAUCAGUAUAUAAGGAUGUACAAAAUGACAAAUAAAUGGCUUUACUGAUGUAUUGUA